AGGUCAUCCUGGGCUAUAUGAGACCUCUAUGUCAAACAAAAUCCAAAUCAAAUGAACGAAUGCUUGAAAUAAUAGACUACUUGCAUCCAGGACCUGGAAGUCCAGAAUGAACCCUUGUCUCCUUCAGAGAUCACUGCAGAAAUCAUGAGGUCCCUUGUGUGUCCCCAGCUCCUUCAGGCCCCUGGCUACCCACCCUGCCAUCCACAGUGCUCCCGUACAAGGAAAGGGGAGUUCAUCUCCAGUUCCUGCUUGGUGGAGAUGGGGCAUGGGGUGUAGGUGAGAAUGCUUGGGUCUAAGUGAUCAGAACGGAGACUACCUCUGACAACACUGUGAUAGGAACCAUGCCUCCUCCCAGGACGAGGGAGGAGAGGGACCGCGGAGACCGGCACCACCAUCGAGCUCCCAGGGAAGAAGAGGCCCUGGAGAAAUGGGACUGGAAGUGCCCCGAGACUCGGCGCCUCUUGGAAGACAUAUUCUUCCGUGAUGAGGAUUACAUCCGUUGUGGUUCUGAGGAAUGCCAGAAGUUCUGGGCUUUCUUUGAACGCCUGCAGAGAUACCAGCACCUCAAGGCUUCCAGGAAGGAAGAGAAGGACCCUGGCCUUCCCAAACACGGCAUCCCUGCUCUAGCUGACCUACCUCGCACUUACGACCCACGCUACCGCAUCAACCUCUCCAUCCUCGGCCCAGACACUCGGGGUCGUCAGGGGCCAGGCAGGUGCCUGCCCCCCGAGAAAGUGUCCGAGUUCCGUCGGGCUCUGCUUCACUACCUGGACUUCGAGCAGAAGCAGGCUUUUGGGCGGCUCGCCAAACUGCAGCGGGAGCGGGCAGCACUUCCCAUUGCCCAAUAUGGGAACCGCAUCCUGCAGACACUCAAGGAACACCAGGUGGUGGUGGUGGCCGGUGAUACAGGCUGCGGCAAGUCCACCCAGGUCCCCCAGUACUUACUGGCUGCUGGCUUCAGUCAUGUGGCAUGCACUCAGCCCCGGAGAAUCGCCUGCAUCUCACUGGCCAAGCGGGUUGGCUUCGAGAGCCUCAGUCAGUAUGGUUCCCAGGUUGGCUACCAGAUCCGCUUUGAAAGCACACGUUCGGCCGCCACCAAAAUCGUGUUCCUGACAGUGGGGCUACUCCUACGCCAGAUCCAGCGCGAGCCCAGCCUGCCCCAGUACCAGGUCCUGAUCGUGGACGAGGUCCAUGAGCGCCAUCUGCACAAUGACUUCCUGUUGGGAGUCCUGCGUCGUCUGCUGCCCAGGCGGCCUGACCUCAAGGUCAUCCUCAUGUCGGCCACCAUCAACAUCUCCCUCUUCUCCAGCUACUUCAGCCAUGCUCCAGUGGUGCAGGUGCCUGGGAGGCUCUUCCCCAUCACGGUGGUGUACCAGCCGCAGGAGGCAGAGCAGACAGCGUCCAAGUCAGAGAAGCUGGACCCACGGCCUUUCCUGAGAGUGUUGGAGGCCAUCGACAAUAAGUAUCCCCCUGAGGAGCGGGGGGACCUUCUCGUCUUCCUCAGCGGCAUGGCAGAGAUCAGCACGGUGCUGGACGCUGCCCAGGCCUAUGCCAGCCUCACCCAGCGCUGGGUGGUGCUGCCGCUGCACAGCGCCCUGUCUGUGGCCGACCAGGACAAGGUGUUCGACGUGGCUCCAGCUGGAGUACGGAAGUGCAUCCUGUCCACCAACAUUGCUGAGACCUCGGUCACCAUCGACGGGAUCCGCUUUGUGGUGGAUUCUGGUAAGAGUGGCACUCAGUGCCCAUGCACCACCACGAGGAGCCGGGAGAAAUGUAGGCCCAGUGAGAGAGGCACGGACGUGACCACAGAGCCCCAGACCAGUGCAGGGCGGAGGUGGUGUUGA